GGAACUGACAGCUGCAACCCCACCCGGUUACUAUGAGCGUAACGCACGCGCAUUUGAAGGGCGUGAUACAUCUCCCCAUUUGUACCCUUAACAAUAACAAAUAUUCCAUUCUGAGUGCUCUCUCCAAUCUGAAAUCUCAUUCCCUUGACAAACUCUCUCUGAAACCAAGCCACAACAAACUUGUUCAUUAAUUCCCCUUUCGCUUUGGCACUUGUAUUAAUUGCUAAACUUUUUUUCCUCUUUCUCUCUGAUAUGGAGGCGAUCACUGCUUCCUUAGAGAGGUCUCUUCAAAACUGUUCCCUAAACAACAACAACCACCACCAACCGAAUGGAAGGACGGAAGACGAGGGUUCCGCCACCACAGAUGCAGCGGCAGAAGGAGGAGGAAGAAGAAGCAUAGGAAUCUCAUCCAGCACCUCAGAAGAUAAUAAUAAUCAUAUCACCAACAACUCCGACACCACGUUAGAGCUCAACUCUCACAUCUCUCUCCCUUACCAUUGGGAACAAUGCUUAGACUUAAAGACGGGAGAGAUUUAUUACUUAAACUGGAGGAACGGGAUGAAAGCGAAGGAGGAUCCGAGAAGAGUAGAAGAAGAAGAAGAGUCGGAGGAGGAGGAAGAAGAAGAAGAAGAAGAAGAGAGUUGGUAUGAUGAUAGUGAAGAAUGUUCAUCGGAGUGUUCAACGAAUGAGAGAGAGGUAGGAGAGAAAGAGAAAGAGAAUGUUCUGGUAGUUGCUGGUUGCAAGAGCUGUUUGAUGUAUUUCAUGGUGCCAAAACAAGUUGAAGACUGCCCAAAAUGUAAUGGUCAACUUCUCCACUUUGAUCGAUCCGAAAAUUGCUCCCCUUGAUUCAUUCCACCCUUUCUCUCUUUUCAUUUUUUAUUUCAUUUUGUCUGUCACUAUGAACUUUUUUUUCUUCAUUAUUAAUAUUUUGGACGAAAAUAGUAUCGUUAAGUUAAAUCAAUAGUUGUGCAGAGACAUCAAAUACAAAAGCGAAGUUCAAAAUUCGAAAGUGUGAUAUCCGAUUUAUUCAAUUCAUCUUUAAAGUUUCAAUUACUAGCUUAAUUGGAAAAUAUAUAUUUGAAUUUUGUAUAAAAAAAUUAGAGACCUUUCUUGUUGUUUGCUUUUCCGGAAUAGGUUUGCAAUAUUGUAAUGUUAAUGAAUUUAAUACUGUGGGUUUUCUUCUCGG